AUGGACGGAUCGUAUGUACCACCAAAAUUGUUCCCAGACAGUCACGGUGCCAGUCAUGGUAUACACUGGCAGCCCUUCAAACAGAGGAUAGACAAGGGGAAAGGAGUCGAUCGACCAGUCGGUAUUGGCGAUAGCAGUUGGAAUCGUUUUGCCCAGGGCUCAUCCCGUGCAUCUGCACCAUCGAUCACGAUCGACGAGAUGGACGACGACGAUGAGCCCUUGACAUCACAAACACUCUCAAUGUUUACAGGUGAUACAGCAGACUCUACCCGCAUGUCUGAGGAUUCGGACGACGACCUCUAUCAAUCAGUAAGAUCCGAUAAUGCAGAAGACUUUAUGGACGUGGAAGAUUCCUCUCCGCAUAGUGAUGCUCGCGACCUUGUCCAGUCGAUUAAUGGGAUGUAUCGGGUCCUGGAUUUGAUCAAUGAACAAGGGAGUGGUGGGCUAGUGGACAAAGUUAUCAUAGCGCAGGAUUCACUCCGUGCAUUUAUCAACAGUGUUUGUCCGGGCACAUAUGUGUCCAUGACAAAAGUCAACUUUAGCGCUCUAGACCGCUUCAUCGUGAAGCCUGUUGGCGUGUACGGCAGUAAGAGUGAAAUUGUGCGACUCUUGUCAUCUCUGGGUGUCGUCGACGAGGAAAUCGCAAAGCAACUCAUCACGAACCAAAGUGACUCUCACGUUUCAAUGCCGAGUCUUCGUUCUGGACUGUACAUCGUUCGUGCAGUUUGCGAGGCUACACCUGACCAACAGCUUUUCCUCAUCUACUGGCCGGAGGAUUCAACCUGGGAUGACUCAGCCCCUUCGUCUGUGAGACGCAACCGCGUGACCUUCAUGAGAUACCUCAUGAAAAUGUGUGAUCAAGUCACAGCACUUAUUUCCCCAGAGCAUGCUCGAUCGAUCGUGUGGAAUGACCAGGAAGGCGAAGACGCCAUCAUGGAUCUGGACGAAGACCAUGAUGAGUCCAGUAGGCUGUUCACAUUUGAAGUCGCGAAAACCAAUGAGCAAGAGGAGGCAGUAAAGUCACGCCCGGGAUUCAAGGCUACGUCCAGGCAUAUAACCAUGCCGCAGUCUCACCCAGAGGCAACAGUGGAUGUCAAAUUGCUGAAGCCCGAGUUGUUGCAUGGUGAGACAACUCAAGGGUUCAUGACCGUCGCAUUUCAACCGGGCAGGCUCAAUGCCGAAUCCAUGAAAAACCAAUCCUUAACUAGCGUCCAGUUGCGCAAUUACCUGAAGAGUGAUGCUUUACUGAUUAGUGAGAGUCUGGGUGCAGAUGCCCUGAACAUUCUGAUGUUUAAUGGCAUCUAUGAUCGUUUCCGACAACAAUGUGGACAGUUUCGGGAGCGAUCCACAGCUAUCUCAUCGAAUACUAGGUCGAGCAAGGAGUCAGAGGAAACAAGGAUUAGAGAGGACGUGAAGAGGGGGGAGCCUCUUCUGACUGAGGUUUUUCAUCACGCCUUGGUCGAUGCUAUCAUCAAGAAAUUUUCUACCUUCACUCACGAAUCUUUCGCAUGUCCCACAGGAUGCGAGCAAGACGGCCCAUCGACUCUAGAUUCGGCCAUGGCUGAUAUUCCAGUCGGUACCGACUCUUCUACCUCCGCUGUCGAUCCCUCUCUGCAUCCCACUAGAAUUGAACAGGAACGUAAUUCAGCGCGAAAUGAGCUUAAUACUCUCAUCGCCUUGUAUCCAGACAUAGGGGAAGAGCUCUGCCGCAAGGCGCAUUCGGAGAAAAUCAACAAUCGAACCUUCAAGGAGGGCAAAGAACGGAUCCGCAUUGCCCAGAAUGUCCUUCGUAACUCUCCUGAUAUGCCGAAGGAAGCCCGUGAAAGCUUCAUCAAUGUCAUUCUCUAUGAGGAUACGCCACACGUCAAGGAAACCCUCAAAUCGAUCAGCAGGGGGAACAUUCCGCAUGAGAAGCCUAAGGGAUUGGUAAACACACUCUGGGAUAAAAUCAGUUCCGCUGUCUUGCCUGACCUGGAUCUGCGUACCUUUAAUAAAACAUUGAACGAGGGGGAUGCUGAUUCCGUCAGCGAUGCUCAGUUCCUCACGGAGUUGGAUGAUGUCGAAAUACCCCAUAUCUUCGCAAAAAUCGUGGAAGAAACUAGGACGGCCGCUCUGCAUCACUUUAGGUCACACUUGACGAAGCAAACCCGAUUUUUGGUGCAUUUUGCACUGCGCACACAAACCGAUCAAUGUGUACUUCAAGUACAGAGAGAAGCUUCCAGUCAUGGAGAGGAGCAACUUACUGAGUUGCGGAGGACGUUUCUCCGUGAAAUCAAUGAUCUUUCGCAAACAGGACAUCAUGUGUACACUUUCGUCAUCGAUUCCGUCGAGGAAAUACGCAAACAUUACCAAACACAGAUAUUCAUCUCUGGCCAAAGGGAAUAUUUCCAGGAUCCUGUCUGUGAAUUCUCUGUCCAUCUCAUGCAGCUGAUGGAACACGAUCAACAUUCCUUGAAAAUGGACCCUACCGUGAUUCCCUCGCCGAAGUUCACUGCGAGGCACGCGUACUCGUUCAAGUUGCCUCUUGGGGAUUCGGUUGCGAGAGCGCAACUUCUUUCAGGCGAUAAGAUCUUGCUUGCAACGACUGAUCGGUAUGGGAACCUAAUGGUGUUUCUGGAAAGCCUCCACGCGAUCGAAGGCGCCUUGACUCAAGGCCGCGGGAAAAAGCUGAAUCGUGAUAAAAUCGGCGAAUUUAUUCUCGCAUUUGAUGAGUCAAAACGACUGCUUAGUGUCGUAGCUAGAGAGAAGCUCUUGUUGCACAUCUUUCUCCACGACAACACCCGUGGUUUCCAGGCUUCUGGCAGCGCAAUCAACUUGACUCAGUGGUAUGGCGAAGGAGUCUCUAUCGUUCAUGCGUGCUUUAUCUGUGGUAGCGAAGAGCUACUACUUGUCGAUUCAUUGGCACAAGCCAGAAUAUACUCCCUGACAACGAUGCAGUUUAGGCCUGCCACCCUUGAUCUCAUUCAGAUCCCUAAGGCAGUUUACUCCACUCCAGAUGGUUCUUGUUUGAUCGCCACUCAUGUGUGUGGCUCUGAACUGAUUUUGGCCGCCUAUCACUGGAGUACCUUCGGCUCAACGAAUGGCGUCCCACUCGAAAUUCCGGAUCUUCCCCUGGAUCAGCCGCUGCUGUUGACUUCUCUAAUAAAGAGGAGUAUCGUCCAUCUCGUUACGCUUGACGUUGACUCGAAUUCUUGUCGAUCAUUCGCUCUCGACAUCACUCGCAAAGUGACGGAGUUUACCUUCAAGGAGAAAGGCGUCCGAGGAGGAGGAGCUCAGUCGAAGAAUGCCACUGCACACAACUGUCUCAUUGAUUGUCACGCUGACGUGUGGACUCGUUUCCCGGUUCUUUCUGCCGUUCAGCGGGAGACGAUCACAUCAUCUAGUAACAGAUGCCCGCGAACAUUGGUGUUCAUUACAGAUCGGGACCAUCAUAUGUUCUCACCGCACUUCCACGACCUUAUUUACAACUUUGAAAGGACAUCAAAGAAGCCGACGGGAACCAUCCUAAAAUCAAUGGUCAUCUCUGCUACUACAUAUUCCGGUUUUUCCAAUAGUCUCCUCAGAGCUACAGAAUGGAGCGUGUCGAAGUUCAGAGCUGGGGAAUGGUUGGUAGAUAUCCUCUGCCUCAUUCCAAUUCACAUCGCAGUGACGAGGGAGAAUCGAUUCAUUCCACUCAAGGACGGUGUAUAUUCGACCGAACUUGAGAAAUCCCUCCUCGGUGCAGAUGUUAACCGCAUUGUCAAUCACCUGUCUUUUGGUUGGUAUGAAUCGUUAUUCCAGUCAUACAUGGCCAAAAAGCCGGUCAAAGUUGUGUCGUCCAUGGGUGAACAAUCGGUGGGGAAAAGCUUCUCCUUGAACCAUCUUGUGGACACAUCAUUCGCGGGAUCGGCCAUGCGUACAACAGAAGGGGUCUGGAUGUCAGUGACUCCGACUAAGGAUGCUCUUGUCGUUGCUUUGGAUUUCGAAGGCAUUAUUGAGCGUUCCGCUCAAGAAGACACAUUGCUCGUGCUGUUCAAUACUGCGAUCUCUAACUUAGUGCUAUUCCGGAACAACUUCGCCUUGAGCCGAGAUAUCACAGGCUUAUUCCAGUCAUUCCAAUCAAGUUCGACCGUCCUCGACCCAGCGUCUAACCCGAGUCUAUUUCAGUCGACGUUGGUGAUCAUCAUCAAGGAUGUCGUGGAUUCGGACAAAGCAGAAAUUACUCGAGAGUUCGCCCUCAAGUUUCAGCAAAUAGUCCAGGACGAACAAGAGGCCAACUUCAUUUCUCGCCUCCAUGCUGGGCAGUUGAAUAUCAUCCCUUGGCCAGUAAUCGAGUCGCAAGAAUUUUAUAAGCUGUUCCCAACCCUCAAACGUCGAUUGGACAAACAGAAACUGACGCAUAAUACAGCAGGAGAGUUCCUUCAUGUGAUGAAGACCUUGAUGGCGAAGCUGAAGGCAAACGAUUGGGGCGCUCUGUCACAAUCGAUGGCCUCGCAUCGAGCACAACUUCUUUUAGCCAUGCUGCCAAAUGCUCUAGCAUUUGGACUGCAAGAAGUUAAUCCUGACCCAGAACCUUUGAAGAACCUAGAUGACGAUAUCCCGAUUGAGAUGCCCGAUACUUCAGCUGAAUUUUCUUUGGCAGGGGGGCCGCAAUCUUCUCCUCGCGAGGCCGCUCUCCAAAUUCUGUCUCAUGCAUGGGACGGCUAUGGCUCUCGCCAUCACAUGCUGGAGGAUCUUUGGAUUGAGGAUUUGAUCGCUCAUAUCGACAGUCUGGUCAAUUUGCGCGUCACCCACGUUCGCGAGUGGAUAUUGUCCAACGUUGCUCGCUUUCAAAGCGGGCAAGCGAGUAUUGACGAGCUCAUGAGAACGGAGGAACAUUCGUGUUCUGUGCAAUGCACUGCCGAGGGCAUCUGCGAAAUUGAGACUGCACCACAAUCGAUCGAGGCGACGUUCACAGGAAGGCACGAGACCUUCCAGUACACGAAGUACUCGCAAGUGGCUAAACGACUGAGAUGUGCCAAGUCGAUACCACCAGGCCUGGUAGCCCAUGAUGGUCGGCACAACCAUAGUUUGGACCCAAGAGUAGUGCAUUUUUGCAGGGCGAAGUGUGACCACUGUGGCUACUAUUGUACAUUGCCACUCGGUCACCCGCAACAAGAGCAUGAAACUAGACACGGAUCCAUGUCUUCGUCACGAUGGGCAGUCGAUGGCCCUGAUGAUACGGGUCUCGAGGUCGAAGGCCGUCGCUUCUCUUCAAAUGAUGAGGGCGCGCCGAUGAUGUGCAACCUCAUCUGUCAGGCAUUGGGCCGCCACAUUCACAUCGACUAUUGUCGUGCCCAGGAUGCUGCCGCUUGCAGAGGGAACAACGAGGCUCAGCACAUUUCUAAGCGAGUGUUGCCUAACCCGGAUCGUGCCAAGGACUACAUUACGCACAAUCUCUUCUGGCGCCGAGCCGGCUUCAAAGACCCUUAUUCUCGGGAGGAGCAAGCAAAUUUCGCUAAGUGCGACUCGAUGUGUAGCGGCCCCGAGCACACUGCCGCAGCCGGAAAUGCUGCUCAGCCAUCUUAUUGCACUUUGCCUUUGUUUCAUCCGCCGAUGGAUCCUAACAAUGCCCAAGUCGGCUUGGGAUACGUUUCCAAUGACGGGCAUCUCUUCUCAUGCAGGAACCCCGUGAUUAUGCAGCAAGCAUUCCAUGUCUUCUGGUCUGCCCGCGCUGCAGCAAUUGGUGGCCAACAAGCAGCCCGACGUGACUCAUAUAGUGUUAUCUUGUUUGAUCAUUCCGUUACCAAUGCCUUCGUAAACGAUUUCGUCAGUUCUCCAGACCAACUACUGGACGCUGUUUUACGUUAUGACGCCGAUGGAGGCACGAACUUCACUGCAGCGAUUCAGCGGGCUCAAUCAGUCAUGGAACAACAUUGGAGCACAGAGAGGAGCCCUGUAAUCAUAUUCUUGUCGGAUGGCGAGUGCCACAUUGCGGAUCAGACAGUUCAAGAUUUGUGCCGCUCCGCGGUUCGUCUUGGCAAAGCAUUGUCUUUCCACGCAGUAUCAUUCGGUUCGGAUACAACCUCUACCUCCUUGCGACGAAUGACUCAAAUUGCACUUGACAUCCAAAACAACGCCCCAAGAGAUCCAUUGGCCCCAGCGACAGCAACAGUCGCAUCUUCAUAUACGCAGGCCUUAGACACGGUACAACUCGCCGAAACGUUCCUAGGAAUUGCAGAGUCGCUCAGGAAGCCGAGAGGGUCUCUCAUACAUUGA